UGGUUACUCUCCAUUUCUAGAGAGAGUUUCUUCAGUCCAAGAUAUUUCUUUUUACCAGCCCACCUCACCUCUCUCUCCUCUCUCUCUUUGUUCGAAGUUGAGCAGUUUCUGGUAAAGGGCACGACGACCCACUUCGCAGGGAGAGAGAAAGAAACAGAACCCAAAUCCAUUUCUUCCCAACUCUCUCUCUCUUCAGCACGUUUUAAACAUUUUUUAGAGAGAGAAAGUCACGGAGUUUCCGUAUUUUGCUUCCUUCCUUUCCCACCUUCUUCUUCUGCUCUCUCUUCAGAGGAGAAAUUCUACAGGGAGAGAGACUGGCUUAGUUGGUUUCUUUUACUUCAUUUUGUGUCCCAACUGGGUUUUGCCUUCGGAUCACGGAGGUUUUACUCCGUAUGGAGUUCGUGGGCAGAGCCGUGACGAGAGAAAUCGAAGGCCGAGGGGUUUUGUCGGGACUUGUGAAAUCGUACGAAUCCUCAUCUGGUUUGUUCGAGGUCGUUUACGAAGAUGGCGAUUCCGAGGAGUUGGACUUGGCCGAGGUCUCCUUGCUCGUUGGUGGUGAGGUCCAGCUGGUGGAGGUGGACGAGGACGGGGUGAAGUCCAGUCAGCAGGACCGAAAGCUCAACAAACGGCGUCGUUUGGAAGGAUGUGGCGAAGCGCCGGGAGAUUCAGGUAAUGCUGGUCAAAAUAUUGUAAUUGAUGGGACCCUUGGGAAUGAUGGUGGGGUUGGGAGGGAUUUGAAUGAGAAUUGUGAUAUUUUGAAUGAUGGGAAAGAGGGAAGCCUAAAAAUGGGACAUGGAGUUGGUGGGAAUUUGGAACUCAAUGGUGAUUUGAAUGGAAAUGAUAGCUCUGCAAGCGAAUUUGAAAAAACCCUACCGGAAAAGGAGGGUUUAGAAGAUAGUGUCUCUGUUAGUGGGGAUUUGAAAGAUGGGUUUGAUUUAAAUGCUGCAUUCAAUUUGAAUCUGAAUGAUGACUCUAAUUUGUAUUUUAAUCCUGAGGAGAAUUUGAAGAAACUCGAUCAUAUUGAUCUUAAUUUGGAUGUGAAUGGUGAUUUUGAUGAGAAUUUGAACUCCGGCGACUUUCAUCGUUCCUCUUUGGGAACCCAGAGGAAGGGAUGUAACUUUGACUUGAAUUUGGAGGUAGUUGAAGAUGUGAAAGAGGCAGAGGGUGAGGGGGAUCGACAAGUUACAUCUCUUGAGAUUGUAGGAGAUGGCCAAACAAAAGAGGGUGAUGAAGUUGUUGAGGAGAAGUUUGUAGAAGAAGAUAUUGGUUUAAAUGGGAAUUUGACAAAAGUUCACCUAGAUAUGAAUGAAGAUAUUAACGUGGCCUCAGUUAAAGAUGUAUGCACAGGGUCUGCUGAACUUGUUACUAACGAAUGUAGUGGCUCCAUGCAAGAUAGAAAGGCUGUUGCUUCAGCUGUUGUUUUGGAUACUAACUCGGCAGGGGAUUGUGGUCUGACAGAAGUUCAGGUGCGAGAUGGUUAUUCUGAAGCUGGUAUUCAAAUGAUCAACGAACACCUAGACAAUUCAGGAAGUCCAUUAAGUAAAAUGGGAGGUCGUAGAAAGAGAAAAAAAUUAUCAGAUAACAUUAAAUCCCCGUCAGAAACAGUUUUAAGAAGAAGUGCUCGUAGAGGGUCUGCUCAGAAUCAUAUUUCAAUCACAUUGUGUACUGUCACGGAUACACCAUCUUCACCUGCAGUUAGUGCAAUAACAGAGGAAAAACCAGGGACUUCUGUUGGGAAAGUAUCUGAGAAGCCCUGUGUUCCGCUCCCUCCAAAGCUACAAUUGCCUCCUUCUUCGCAAAAUAUAGAUUUAAGUGACAUUCCCAUACUUGACCUGUUCUCUGUUUAUGCUUUUCUUCGAUCAUUUAGUACAUUGUUAUUUCUGAGCCCCUUUGAGGUGGAGGAUUUUGUGGCAGCUCUGAAGUGCAAGUGUCCUAGUUCAUUGUUUGAUAAUGUUCAUGUUUCUAUAUUGCAAACUCUUAGAAAGCAUUUGGAGUAUCUUUCAAAUGAAGGUUCUGAAUCCGCUUCUGAUUGCCUUAGGAGUCUUAACUGGGAGUUUUUGGACUUAAUUACAUGGCCCGUUUUUAUGGUUGAGUACUUUGUGAUUCAUGGUUCUGGACUGAAACCUAGUUUUGAUCUAAGUAGCUUGCAGUUAUUUAAAGCUGACUAUUACCAACAACCUGCUUCCAUAAAGGUUGAGAUGCUACGGUGUUUAUGUGAUGAUUUGAUUGAAGUGGAAACAAUAAGAUCAGAGUUGAAUCGAAGAUCAUUGGCAGCUGAGCCCGAUAUGGUAUGUGAAAGGAACUUUAACUUUGAGGGUAGCAAAAAGAGGAGGGUUGCACUUGGAAUUUCUAGUGGUUCUUGUUUGGAUGACAAGGUUAUUGAUGACGCUGUUGACUGGAACUAUGAUGAGUGUUGCCUUUGUAAGAUGGAUGGAAACUUAAUAUGUUGUGAUGGUUGUCCUGCUGCAUAUCAUUCAAGGUGUGUUGGAGUUGCCAAUGAUCAUUUGCCAGAGGGUGAUUGGUAUUGCCCAGAAUGUGUUAUCGACAGACAUUCACCUUGGAUGAAACCACGAAAGUCACUUCGAGGGGCAGAAUUAUUAGGAAUUGAUCCUCACGGUCGGCUUUAUUUUAACAGCGCUGGUUACCUUUUGGUGUCAGAUUCUUAUGAUACCGAGUCCUCAUUCAGUUAUUACCACAGAGAUGACCUGAAUGUGGUUAUUAAAGUGCUAAAGUCGUCAGAUUUUUACUAUGGUGACAUAUUAGUGGCAAUCUGCAAGCACUGGGGUAAUGUAAGCUUAGAUGGAUCAAGCAAGAGUAUUGAAUGCCUAUAUUCUAUGUCAUCGUACAUGUUUACGAAGUCACAGAAUCACGAUCUUUCAAAUCCUCUGGCCCCAUUGACAUCUCCAGAAACGCAUCUUGUUAAGAAUGAGUCUGGCAAGGAAAGAAAAAUGGAAGAGAACACUAACAUUGGAGAUUCUAGUCACUCUGACAUUUCCAAGUCUUUUAAUAUCCUAGAUGCAAUGACUUUGACGGGAAGUUCACUUGUAACCUCUGAAGGUUCAGCUGAGACUCAGUCUGACAUACAAGGGAAACAUAUUGCUUUUGGGGACUGCCCUUUGACAUCCACGUUAGAUGUAAAACAAGAAGUUAAUACUGAAACCGCUGGUCCUGUAAAAACCAGAAAUUCCGUAACCACCAGAAAAUGUACUACAUCACAAUCACAAUGUGGAAGUGGUUAUGUGAACUAUUACACCUUUGGUCAAAUUGCAUCGUCAGUUGCAGAGGAUUUAGUGGGUAAAUCAUCAGAGAAAAUGAAGGAAGGUACAGUAAUGUUAGAAGAAGAAAUAAUAUCUCGACAGAUGCGAGCUAUUUUGAAAAGGUUUUCAAAAUUUUGUUGGUCAAAUAUGAAGAAUUUCAAUGUAGAUCUGCAGAAAGAGAAAUGUGGUUGGUGCUUUCCAUGUAGAACUGCUGCUGAUGACAGAGAGUGCUUGUUUUUCACAAACACUGGGCAUGUUCGGGAAUCCCCCAAUGGCAGCAUGCUUAGCCUUCAGUCAAUGAAAAACAGGGAUAGUCAUCUUAUUGAUGUCGUAUAUCAGAUCCUAUCUAUUGAAAAUCGUCUGCAUGGACUUCUAUUGGGUCCAUGGUUGAAUCCAGAUCAUACCAAGCUCUGGCCCAAAAGUGCUCUCAAGGCAGCUGAUAUUACAUCAGUUAAACAUAUGUUGCUCACACUAGAGUCAAAUCUUGGUCGUCUCGCACUCUCAACAGAGUGGUUAAAAUAUGUGGAUUCUGAUGUUUCCGUGGGUUCAGCUUCUCAUAUUGUGACUAGCUCUGCACGUGGAUCCUCAAAGCUUAUGAUUGCCCGAAAAAGACACAAGUUUUCCGAUAUUGAGCCUGGCCCUACUCUAAACACUGCUAGUGGACUGGGAAUUUUCUGGUGGAGGGGUGGCAGGCUUUCUCGUAAAAUUUUUAAUUGGAAGGUUCUGCCUCAUUCCUUGGUUUCUAAAGCUGCCAGACAAGGUGGCUGUACAAAGAUUCAGGGCAUACUGUACCCCGAGAAUUCAGAGUAUGCUAAGAGAAGCAAAUAUGUGGUCUGGCAAGGUGCUGUUGAGACAUCUACUAGUGCAGAGCAGUUGGCUUUCCAGGUUAGAGAGCUUGAUUCAAACAUUAAAUGGGAUGACAUUGAGAAUACUCACUCUCUCCCUGCAUUGGAUAAGGAAUCUAGGAAGUCAAUCAGACUGUUCAAGAAAGUUAUCAUCCGUAGGAAGUGCAUUCAAGGGGGACUGGUCAAGUACCUUCUUGAUUUUGGUGGCAAGAGAAGAGCUAUCCCUGAUGUUGUUAAAAAACACGGGUCAGUGAUUGAAGAAUCCUCUAGUGAAAGGAAGAAAUAUUGGCUGGAUGAAUCUUAUGUUCCUUUACAUCUCUUGAAAAAUUUUGAGGAAAAAAGAGUAGCCCGGAAAGCUAAUGAUUUGAAAUCUGGGAAAGUUGUUGAGUCUGGUAGAGUCAGGAAGAGGCCUCCAGAAAAAAGGGGUUUUGCAUAUUUGUUUGCAAAAGCAGAAAGGUCUGAGUAUUAUCAGUGUGGUCAUUGCAGCAAAGAUGUUCUGAUCAGGGAGGCUGUGAGCUGCCAGUAUUGCAAAGGGUUUUUCCAUAAGAGGCAUGUCAGGAAGUCUGCUGGGGCCAUCAUAGCUAAAUGUACUUACACAUGUCACCGAUGCCAGAAUGGGAUUUGUGUUAGCAUUGAUACCAAAAAAGGUAAAACUGACAAAAGAGGAGCUAAAGUCAAAUCUCAGAAGUCUAAGAGUGUUCAGAAGGAUGGCAGAUCGUCGCGGUUAAAAGGCAGUAAAAAAAAGUCAAUUGGUGGACUGCAAGUGCAAUCAAAAGGCAAAACAAAGGCUACACCUGCUGUACCUUUACGUCGUUCAGCUAGGAGAGCUAAAUGUGUGUUACUGCAAAACAAAAAAAACCGUGGGCGCAGGAAAGGGAAACAGACAAAGUCAAAAGCCAAGUUGAAAAAGGCUGUUCAUGAGAAACCAAAGAAAGUUAUUCCUUACAGGAAGAAGAGAACAUAUGUUUCUCACAGUUACUGGCUUAAUGGUUUGCAGCUGACUAGAAAUCUGGAUGAUGAACGGGUUCUGCUAUUUAGGGAUAAAAUUUUUAUAUCCCCUACUGAACAGUCACAUAUCCUUCCAGAUCCACCAAAAUGCCAGCUUUGUGAUGAAGCAGGACAUACAUCUACUUUAAGUUAUAUUGCUUGUCAGAUCUGUGGAGAGUGGUUUCAUGGAGAUGGUUUUGGACUUCAGACAGAGAACAUUGAUAAAGUAAUUGGAUUCAGGUGCCAUACAUGUCGUGAAAGUGCUCCACCUGUCUGCCCCCAAUUGAUAAUUGCAAGGACUGAUACGUCCCAGUUAUCAGAAGUGCAAAAUAGUGUUGCAGUUGAGUGUACUGAGGAAGUAUCUAAUGCAGCCCCACCUGUGAGUGAGUUGCAGGUUGCAUGCAAUUGAAUUCUUUUUGCAUUUGAAGAGGGAUUUUUCAGUGGGUUUGGGACAUAUUAUUGAUCAUUUGCUAUGUUAAGAGAUAAGCUGGCAAAGUUGGGUUUUCUGAAUAUUCAACUGCAUGACCAGUUUCGAGCAAUAAAGAAAUAUAGGAGGAGGGAGUACAUCAGCAAGUGACAAGUUGACUUCCCAAUUACUACGAAAUGAGACAAUGGUUGCAGUGGUGUAUCCACUUAAUGAGAACGCUCAUAAGGUGAAACGGAACCUUCAAAGAGGCCAGAAGGUGGUCUGUGUCUGUAAAAGAGAGCUAUCAAAUGGUCAUUUGCUUCAAUAGAUCAGUAAUGUGAAGAAAGGCCUAGAGGUUAGGUGGUGCCUUCUUCAAGAGGUGGUUGUACCUUUUGGGUACUGGUUCGUCCUUCUGGCGUUAGCAGUCGGUGUUUGAUUCACUCCUCUCCAUGUCAAUUUAUUGGGGCGAGUUUGCUUGGUAUCAAUUCAUUUGGUUAACUCUAACAACAAUUGAUUAAAGCGAUUGCAGUUGUAGGGAUAUGAAACUAGAGAAAAAUAGACUAAUUCUAUACUUCCAUUAACAGCAGAUUAGAACUGCAGAUGAAAUACUGAAAGUGAAAGUUAGCUAUAUUUAAUUUAGGUUCAUUUUAGAGGUUUUACAAGAACAUGUUUUUGAAUUGAAAUUGCAGAUUGAUUUUAGGAUAUAAUUGCAUGUUUACAAAGACGAUUUGUCUUUCUUGUAUUGUUGUAAUUGACAAUGUACAGAGGUACUUGAGAAAAAGGAAAAUUGAAGUGAAUAAGAAGAAUAUAUGUAGUUACCCCAA